UAUACAGAACAGGACGUUCCUUUUGAAAAUAUCAGACUAAAACGGCUAGAUCGCGGAUAAAUUAAAUAGCGCAUCUCGUCUUAACACUGUUUCUUUGUGUCGGCACAAGAAAACAGUGGUGACUGUGCGACUGUGUCAUCGCUGAUUCAUCAGCUCAUGAAUAAUUAAUUAGACGGCUUUGGCAUAAGAGCAACAUCCAGCAGAGGCGCAACAUCUACCGUGGCUUUCAUCAUACUCUUCCGCUGUAGCACGCGAGGGCUGUGAUCAGGACCAGAGAGUUGGGUUUCAACUACUUUCAACAAGAACCAGAAAUACAGAAAAAGAUGGCUUUGAGAGGACCAGUGUCCUGUCUUCUCAGAACUCUUCUUAGCCGCUCACAGAAGCAGCAGAUCCGGGCUCAGUCAGUUGCCGUACUUGGCGCUCCUUUUUCCCGAGGACAGAAAAGGAGAGGUGUGGAGCACGGACCUAAGGUGAUCAGAGACGCUGGACUCAUCGAGCGGCUCUCCGGGUUAGACUAUUCCGUCCAUGACUUUGGAGACCUGAACUUUCCCCACAUUGAGAAGGAUGAACCUUACAUGGAAGUGAAGUUCCCCCGAAAUGUGGGGGCAGCCAACAAGAUUCUGUCCGGCGCUGUGAGCAGAGCCAUUGGUGCUGGACACACCUUCGUUAUGCUCGGAGGUGACCACAGCCUUGCUAUUGGAUCGGUGAGCGGCCAUGCUCAGCAGUGUCCUGACCUGUGUCUCGUCUGGGUGGACGCUCAUGCCGACAUCAACACACCUGUGAUUUCUCCAUCAGGAAACCUCCAUGGUCAACCUGUGGCUUUCAUGCUCAAAGAACUGCAAAGCAAGAUGCCGUCACUCCCUGGCUUUUCCUGGAUGAAGCCGUUCCUCUCCUCCAGGGACCUGGUGUACAUCGGUCUGCGGGACGUGGACCCUGGAGAGCAUCACAUCCUGAAAGACCUGGGAAUCCAGUAUUUCACAAUGAGGGACAUUGACAGACUGGGAAUCCAGAGAGUGAUGGAAGCUACUCUAGACCACCUUUUGGCAAGAAAACAGCGCCCAAUCCACUUGAGCUUCGACAUCGAUGCCUUUGACCCGUCGCUGGCUCCGGCCACAGGAACACCGGUGAACGGAGGUUUGACCUACAGGGAGGGGAUCUACAUCACAGAGGAAAUUCACAACACAGGCCUGCUGUCAGCCAUGGACCUGGUAGAAGUCAACCCCAUGCUGGGGGCCAACCCUGAAGCCGUAGAGGCCACUGCCUCGCUCGCGGUCGAUGUCAUUGCCUCGUCUUUGGGACAGACGAGAGAGGGCGCCCACGGGUCCAAUAUGGAGAUUCCGUCAGCAAAGGACGACACAGAGCAGCUCUGCCUCUGAGACGCCGUCCAGUAAAGCAAUGGACUCGAACAUACGCGACCAUUCCGCAAGUUUGAACAGAAGACUAUGAAUGACUGAGAGUGGUGUUGAAAAAUGAUUCUUGUCUCUUUGCUGAAUGUUGUAGUGUUUAAGGUUGAAAAAAAUGUGAACCUUUAUGAAAGCUCUGGAUGCAGAGAAGAAUAAGUUUUCACUGUAGAGACUGCUACCACCAAGGAUGUGUUACUGCAGAGUUUUACUGCUGUUCUAAACUAUUUUGUAUUUAACUUAACUUUAAGAUGACACAGCUGCCACAUAUUUAUUAUGGUGUUUAUGUUUAAGUCUGACCUGCCACAGAGUUACAGGAAGAACGAAAAAAACAACAAGGCCAUGUGGCUGUUAGUUAAAGAAAAACUACUCGUGUGCACUUUUGGACCAGACAUGGUUAUAGUAAUUUUGAGGUUGAUUUGUUUUUUUUUUUGCAUUUCAUGAAUAGUACAAUACAUGUACUAGAAGUACUGCAUGUUAUACCUGGUAAUUUGAGUAAGGAUUUCUUCUUAUAAUGUACCUUUCUACAUUUCAUUGCCAAUGCUGGCAAACAAUGAUUAUAAAUAUUAAUAUUAUUAUUAGCAGAAUUAAGUUUGACUCAAUCUCCUGUCUCCUCUGUAUCUGCUACAAUGAGGCUACUGAUGGAUUUGUCAUUAAAACAGAGUUUAUUUUUUAGUCUCCAAUAGA